AUCCUCCUUUGAUCUGCCCUCCGCCACACGUCAUGGCCAGCACUUACUGAUCGAAAAGCUCACAUCCAGAUCGCAUAUGACGCUAGAUGCUGCUGGCAGCGAUGGCGUGGCGCGUUUUCAUAGCACCGCUCGAGCAGGCAAGCACGUUUACAGCUCGCGGCGCGUCGCGCGCUUUAUCUGUGGCUGCUUAUUCGGGAUACGAACGAUCACACGCUACUCCACUGUGCAGAUUCCGUAGUGGGCCACUGCGAGUUCAAGGAAAAAACAGUCCCCAAUGGUUCAGCAAGGGACCGGUCCACGAUUGGUGUGUUUUGAGCAGAUCGGCCCUCGCGAUUCGCCGUUGCAAGGUCCAGAAAGCCCAGAGGACUCUCCUUCCUUCCCCGGUAUUCAAAGGCGAUUCAUUCGCACUUCCAGCCAUCGGCUCAUAGAUUCCUCGUUCCCUCUCUACCGCGCCAUCGCGAGCAACCGCAUCACCUCUAGCUUCGCCUAACGUUCGUCCCCCCCUUCCUUGGCAUUACGGCCUUGCCAUCGACAACAACACCGCGUCGCCGUCCUUUCUGUGCUCGUUUCCGCCCGUUUCCGCCUGUUUCGACCCACUCCCACACGACCCCAUCUCGACCGUCCAAUGAUGGCGUGCCACGCCCCGAAUCUGAUGACUCUCUGCCCGCGGCUGCGCGCAUGGGCGGAGGAGCGCCAUCUCGCGGUCGCCAUCCCGUCCCCCCCCGACUGCAUUUCCGACUUCCCCGAGGAGCGCCAGACCUCCCCGUCGCUGCAGGAGCAGCGCCGCCUGCUGCUCGGCUCCCGCUGCGGCACUCCCCGCUCCCUCUUCCGCCGCACUUCCGCCAUUUCCGCCACUUCCGCCGCUCCCGCAACGUCUUCCUCCCGCGCGUUCCCCGACAUCCGUUCCGCCACGGCCCAACCCGCGAGCUCAGAGCCAAGCUGCGCCCCUGCAUCCGGCCGAUCGUACACAACUCCCGCCGAAUUUUGCGACGCUCGCAGCGCGGAAAAUCUCCUCCCAGGCAGCAACUCCGAUUCGCGCGAAACAGCCGCGCGUUCGCCGCAUUCCGGUCCCGACGCCUCGAAGCCUGCUCCCGGCCACCGAAGAAGUUCCUCUGAUUGCGGCACGAGUCGCUUGAUGAAGCUGGCGCGCUGCGACCUUCUCGGCUCGCGGUGUGGCACGCCGAGGCGGGCCACUGGCGCGGAUCCGUGGGCGUUUCACCACCGUCCGCGCAGCGUGACGUGGCAUCUUCCGCGGGACGAAAUCCCCUUUUCCUACUCCAUGCCUGUCCCCUCCCGCGGGGGUCUCCGCCUGCUGCGCGCGGACGUGUUGGGGUCGAAAUGCGGAACGCCCAAAUUCCGCGCGCCUGCGGAGCCAGAAGCCAUAUGGAGCCUGUGAGAUGGCUAGCCGGAAUUUCAGCCGGUAGCCUGGGAACGCUAGCCCAUUUUAGGGCGGUCUGACGGCGACUGAUUGAAAAACAAGCAGGCAUGGAACAGGGGCUCUGCUGUGUGGUGUGCCGCUGGAGUGGUGGUGGUGACUGCAAUUGGAGCAUCCAACUCCACUCCACUCUACUUUCUGUUCAUUUUUUCAUCAUGGCUGAAAUGCGGCCAUGGUCUAGACUAUAUCGCAUCUGCUCGCUUACAGCAGUAAU